AUUGUGUAUAAGUCUGUCUACUAAUGAUUUUCCUAUACCAAACAAAGAACAAAAAGCAAUUUUACAAACGAUUUUUUUGUAUCGGGUGUUCCUUUCACUAGAGGUCUCUGUGUUGUGUUGUGUACUUGUGUUUUUGUCAAAUAUUAAUGAUGGAAGCUCCUAAUAAAAAAAUUAGACUAUCUGGUGGAGCAAGGCGAUUAAUCAAAGAAAAAGAAAAGGCAGUUAAAGGCAAUCAAAGUAUUCUAUCAUUCCUAAAGCAAACAUCAGCCAAGAACAAUCUUUGGAAUAUAAUCACAGUGAAGAGGAAGAUAAUCCAUCCACUUUACCAACUCCUGAUAUUAUAACAGAAUAUGACAUUCUACCUCCAGCUUCUUUCGUAAAAGAGGAAUUAUUAAUACAAACAUCUUACAUGCCAGACGAUUCAAAACAUAAACAAGCAGAUUUGAUACCUUUCAAUGAUAAUAUACCACAAAUGGACAGUUGUUCUUCUUCUCAAACCCACAAACAAAUUGAACUUGCCCAAAAUGUUUCAUACUCUACAUUAAUUGAUAGAUGCCAUGAUUAUCCAUCAGAUCCAUAUUUAUUUAUUGAUACUGUGUUAACACCUCAAAUAAUCAGAACUCUUGUUGAAAUAGGGCCUUGUCAACCUGGUUUUAAUAGUAAUAAUUAUGUUUUUGAAGAAAAUGAGUGUGGCAAAAAAUUUUUUCCCAACUGGUAUAACAAAAAUGUUAAAUCAGGAAUGAGCUGUAAAAGAAAUUGGUUAGUAUUUUCCCCAAAAGCUAACAAAAUGUUUUGUUUUCCUUGCUUUUUGUUUCCAUCUGUAUCUCAGCAUAGUUAUCAAUGGUCUAAUCCUAAUAAAGGUGUUUCUAAUUUCCGCAAAGGAAAUGAAAAAAUUAUUAAACAUGAAAAAUCCAAGGACCACAGAGAUGCAGAAAAUGAAUAUUUAAUUUUAAAAAGCAGAAUUUCAAAAGACUUUACAAUCCAACAAAAUUUAAUGAAAGUUCAAGAGUCUCAAAUAGAAUUUAAUCGAAGUGUGUUAAAAUGAUUAAUUGAUCUAUCUUUAUUCCUUUCAAA